CAGAGCCCUCGGCUUCGUCUUGGCCCUCGGUUUUGCUUUGUUCUUUAUUCCAUUAACCUUUUUUGUUUUAUCUUAGAAUUCUUUCAGAAACUCAAUUCAAUCGUGAAAUUUACCAAGGCUGAAAAAAAGGUAGCAUACGACGCCAAGCUCUGUCAGCUUCUCGAUGAUUACAGUCAGGUCUUGAUUGUGGCCGCUGACAAUGUCGGAUCAAACCAGCUCCAGAACAUUUGGAAGGGUCUCCGUGGUGACUCUAUUGUGCUCAUGGGAAAAAACACCAUGAUGAAGCGUUCUGUGAGGAUUUACUCUGAGAAGACUGGAAACAAGGCUUACCUCAGUCUUCUUCCCCUUGUGGGAAAUGUUGGGUUGAUCUUCACAAAGGGUGAUUUGAAGGAAGUCAGUGAAGAGGUGGCCAAAUACAAGGUUGGAGCCCCUGCUCGUGUUGGUUUGGUUGCUCCCAUUGAUGUCAUUGUUCCACCAGGCAACACAGGGCUUGAUCCAUCACAGACCUCCUUCUUCCAGGUUCUUAACAUUCCUACCAAGAUUAACAAGGGUACUGUUGAAAUUAUCACUCCCGUGGAGCUUAUUAAGAAGGGUGAGAAGGUUGGAUCGUCUGAGGCUGCUCUCCUUGCCAAGCUAGGAAUUAGGCCAUUCUCAUAUGGUCUGGUUGUUCUCUCUGCUUAUGACAAUGGUUCAGUCUUCAGCCCUGAGGUGCUUGAUCUGACCGAGGACGAUCUCCUCGAGAAGUUUGCCUUGGGUGUUUCCAUGGUUACAUCAUUGUCAUUGGCCGUUUCAUACCCAACUCUGGCUGCUGCACCACACAUGCUCAUCAAUGCAUACAAAAAUCUUCUUGCUGUUGCAGUUGCCACCGACUACUCGUUCCCACAAGCCGAGAAAGUUAAGGAGUAUCUCGAGGAUCCAAGCAAGUUUGCGGCGGCUGUGUCCGUUUCUGCUGUUGCUGAUUCUAGCUCUGCCACGGCAGCUGCUGCAGCAGUGGAAGAGAAGAAGGAAGAGCCAGCAGAAGAGUCUGAUGAUGACAUUGGUUUCAGCUUGUUCGAUUAAUAUGUUUACAGAUUUCAUAAUGUUUUUGAGAAUUUUGUUCUUAUGUGACAAAAACAACUCCUUAGCUAUGGUGUUAUUUUUCAUAUCA